GAGGGGGCGGGGCAGGGAGACCGAGGGGGUUCUCGCGAGAUUUCCCUCCUCCCGGGUCCAGCUCCCGGCACCUUCCCGGCCUCUGUGGGGUCUCCACCUCUGUUUUCGGUGUCGCAUUCUAGAACGGCGGUUGUGGAAGGGAGCGGCGGGAGGCGGGCUCCGGGGUUCGGCGGGCUCUCCCGGUUGGAGCCGGCGGCCAGGACGUACUGGCAGGUCCCACCCCUGCUGCGGGAGCGUCCGGGGUUUGGGAAAGCCGCCGUCUGGGCGGGCGGGGGAGGGCUCUCCCGCGCCGCCGCCGCCGCCGCCGCGGCUUCGGCGGAGGCCAGGAGCGAGGAGCCGCCGCUGUAGCUUCUAGCUCGCGGGUCGCGCUGACGGGACUGGCCGGGGAACGCCGCGGGCGGAUGGAGGCAUCUCUUCACCCCGCCUGAGUUCAGGAGGGGCAGGAGCGGAGCGCGGGGCCCGCCUCCCGCCGCAAGUGCGGCCGCGCGAUCUGCCGGAGGAGGAGCAGGGGGCGCCGGGCUUCUUCCUGCGGGAGCCCCCAGCAUGGUUGACUAUAUUGUGGAGUAUGACUAUGAUGCUGUACAUGAUGAUGAAUUAACUAUUCGAGUUGGUGAAAUCAUCAGGAAUGUGAAAAAACUGCAGGAGGAAGGAUGGCUAGAAGGAGAACUAAAUGGGAGAAGAGGAAUGUUUCCUGAUAAUUUUGUUAAGGAAAUUAAGAGAGAGACAGAAUCCAAGGAUGACAAUUUGCCCAUUAAACGGGAAAGACAUGGGAAUGUAGCAAGUCUUGUACAACGAAUAAGCACCUAUGGACUUCCAGCUGGAGGAAUUCAACCACAUCCACAAACCAAAAACAUUAAGAAGAAGACCAAGAAGCGUCAGUGUAAAGUUCUCUUUGAGUACAUUCCACAAAAUGAGGAUGAACUGGAGCUGAAAGUGGGAGAUAUUAUUGAUAUUAGUGAAGAGGUAGAAGAAGGCUGGUGGAGUGGAACGCUGAACAACAAGUUGGGACUGUUUCCCUCAAAUUUUGUGAAAGAAUUAGAGGUAACAGAUGAUGGUGAAACUCAUGAAGCCCAGGAGGAUUCAGAAACUGUUUUGACUGGGACUACCUCACCUUUACCGUCUCCAGGGAAUGGGAGUGAAACUGCACCUGGAUCAGUUACACAGCCAAAGAAAAUUCGAGGAAUUGGAUUUGGAGAUAUUUUUAAAGAAGGCUCUGUGAAACUUAGGACAAGAACAUCUGGUAGUGAAAUAGAAGAGAAGAAAACAGAAAAGCCCUUAGUUAUACAGUCAGUAGGAUCCAAAGCACAGAGUGUGGACAUAACAAAAACAGAAACAGAAAGUAAAACUAAAGCAAAGGAAUAUUGUAGAACGUUAUUUGCCUAUGAAGGUACUAAUGAAGAUGAGCUUUCUUUUAAAGAGGGAGAGAUAAUCUACUUGAUAAGUAAGGAGACUGGAGAAGCUGGCUGGUGGAAGGGUGAACUUAAUGGUAAAGAAGGAGUAUUUCCGGAUAAUUUUGCUAUUCAGAUAAAUGAACUGGAUAAAGACUUUCCAAAACCAAAGAAACCACCACCACCUGCUAAAGGUCCAGCUCCAAAGCCUGAGCUAAUAGCUAUAGAGAAGAAGUAUUUUCCUAUAAGACCAGAAGAAAAAGAUGAAAAAUCAGUACUGGAACAGAAACCUUCUAAACCAGCCGCUCCACAAGUCCCACCUAAGAAGCCUACUCCACCCACCAAAGCCAAUAAUUUAUUGAGAUCUCCUGGAACAGUAUACCCAAAGCGACCUGAAAAACCAGUCCCUCCACCACCUCCUAUAGCCAGGAUUAAUGGGGAAGUUUCUACCAAUUCAUCAAAAUUUGAAACUGAGCCAGUGUCAAAACCAAAGCUAGAUUCUGAACAGUUACCACUUAGACCAAAAUCAGUAGACCUAGAUUCAUUUACAUUUAGGAGCUCUAAAGAAACAGAUCUUGUAAAUUUUGAUGACAUAGCUUCCUCAGAAAACUUGCUGCAUCUCACCGCAAAUAGACCGAAGAUGCCCGGAAGAAGGUUGCCGGGCCGCUUCAAUGGUGGACAUUCUCCAACUCAAAGCCCAGAAAAAAUCUUGAAGUUACCAAAAGAAGAAGAUGGUGCCAACUUAAAGCCAUCUGAAUUUAAAAAGGAUUCAUGCUAUUCUCCAAAGCCAUCUGUGUACCUUUCAACACCUUCAAGUGCUUCUAAGCCAAAUACGGCUGCUUUUUUAAGUCCAUUAGAAAUCAAAGCUAAAGUAGAAUCAGAUGAUGGGAAAAAAAAUCCCUUGGAUGAACUUAGAGCUCAGAUUAUUGAACUGCUCUGCAUUGUAGAAGCGCUGAAAAAGGAUCAUGGGAAAGAACUGGAAAAACUACGAAAGGAUUUGGAAGAGGAGAAGGCAAUGAGAAGUAAUCUGGAGGUGGAAAUAGAGAAGCUGAAAAAAGCAGUCCUGUCUUCCUAAAAUGGCAUGGCCCCGUGUUCUUAAGGUUCCAGGGAUUCAGAAGCAACACUAUGAACUUCAACUGACUUGUUACUUAAAAAUAACAAAUGCUGUUGUCCUGAUAAAGAAAUAUGAGUAUUUGAACUAUAAUCUAUAGAAAAGUAGGGAGAGGGUGGAUUUUUUUUUUUAUAUAUAUUUUGUUUUGCCAAUAUGAAAAAAGAAAAGGCCUUAUUUCUUAUGUGCUGGAAUUGCAAACUUUUUUUUUUUAGUUUGCUUGAAAAUACUACUGAAUCUGUAUAAAAAGGAAAGAAAGUUCACAAUAGUUUUUUUAUUGAAACUUGUAGUAUUAUUUUUAAAGAGAUCUAUACUAUAAAUAUGGUGAUAUCUUUACAAAUAAUCUGUAAAAUAUACUAUUUGAGAGGGACAAAUUAGCUUUAUAGUAACUAUAGCCACUACUUUUCCCAUAAUACAUAAGGGAUAUAAACUUUGUAUAUAUAUAUAUUUUUUACUUUUAGCUUCUUACCCAGGAUUACACUGUUGUGCCUGUUUGUUUGCAGUGCUGUUUAUACUCUGGGUGAUGAAAUAGGAGUUUCCUAGCUAUAAACCAGAUUAUUCACCCAAGCAUAUAGUAAUAACUAAUGAAACAAUCAAAAUAAUUUCUUCAAUUUUUAGAAUAUUUUAUAUUGCUUGCACUAUAGGAUUCAUAAAAGGAAUUUAGCUAAAAUAUAUUGGAUUGUUAACUAUAUUUGGGAAAAUAUGAGCUAUAUUUUAAAUUCAUUAGGUCGAGGAACUAAAAAUGUCAAUUUAACCCUUAACUUGUGCCUAGAAACUACAGCACAUAUAAUAUGCAAACACCAGCCUUAUUGCUGUACUUUUCUGCUUAUUUUACAGGCUCAGAGAUUACUCAUUUUGUGAUCUUGUGAUUGAGUUGUUCAUACUCCUCCCUCUGAUUUUUAAUAAUGGUAAUAUGAGGAGAACAAAACUCAGAACACUGAGAACUUCGGUGUGAGGUUUCAUACUUUGACAAAUUAUCAUCGUGUAAAUACUCAGGUUUGACAAUGUGUAGUUUACCUAAAAGGCCAAACUAACUGGUGGAGAUAUUUUAGGCUGUCAUUUAGGUACCAGAGUGUUAGUAUAUCAAAACAUAACAGUACAGCUUAUUUAAAACCAAAUACAGUUGACCAUAUUCAAAAUGCAUUUUCACAGGAUGGAUGAAUUAGUAGUUUCUUAAGAGUCACUUAUGAACAGUUGAACGUUUUAAAAUGUUGUUUCUAUAGAUAACCUGUCUUAAAAUAUGUGGGUUUGUAUUAAAAAUAGAAAACUUGACUUUUCAUUUAUAAGAAAAUUAGAUUUUAAGCUUUAUUAUAGCAAAGACUUUCAGAUUUUGAGUACCACCUAUCAUGCUUCCGUUUUGUGUUAUUUUAAACGACCAAACCAGUUCUUUCCCUUUAAGUUUUAAUCUUAUAUACUGAAAUCUUAUUAAUGAAAUUUUGCCAUGUUGUCUCACAUAAAAGAGAACUGAAGUAGAAAAUAAUAGAAAUUCCAGGAAUUACUUAAUGUUAAAUUCAGGAAACAUGAUUGUGCAUUGAGUAUGUACAUUUUAACUCUUUAAAGUCCUUGGGCUUUUCUGAUUAGGUCACUACUGAACGAAAUUGUUUACUCCUAUUCUAAUAUUUUUAAAUGACUUGUUGAAUGAUUUCCUUCUUGCUAAAAAAAUUAGAUUUUUUAAAUUUUAUUAUGUUAUUUAGAUUUUAUUUUCUUUUAAUUAAUUGUCCUUAGGUAGAAAUAAAAACAUUGUAUCCUAGAAAUCAUUCUCCAGCUUUCUGACUGGAACAUCUAUUAAGUGACCCCUCCUCACCCUGAUAAUGGGGUGAGGGAAGUUUCCAGCAGAUUUCAGACUGUUCUUAGAGUUUUUCUUGGUCAUUUUCUCACUAGUGCAUAAAAUGAAGGUGGUCAUGAAUACUGACAUACAUUUAAAGUAUCUGCUUUGUAUACUCCUCAGUCAGAAUAGAAAUUAAAGUACUGUGUCUCUAUUAGAAAAUUAUUAUGGCUCUAUUUUUCUGCCCUUGAUCAAAAAGUAAAGUUCUUAAAGCCAAACUCAAGGGAAGAAUGAUUACUUCAAUCUAGCAAUUUACCAGUAUUUGCUCUUGAUGUGGGAAUUUUAUUAUUUUUAUUCAUAAAGUUCAUAUCACAAAAUAGCCUUUAUUUGGGGAUAAAUCAUUGUUUUUUUCUAUGAGCGAGUAUAAAUGACAGACUAGGGAUGAACAGUGUAGAAUCUGUCAUUGCCAAAUUAUUAGUGAAUGUAUUUUUCAGGUCUGCUAUUCUUUGAAACACAUAAUAUUACUAAUUUUCCUACUUGUAUUUCAGUAGUGGAAGUAUUUUGUGUGUGUGUGUGUGUGUGUGUGCUUGCUUGUGCAAGCUUUAGUGGUUGGUCUUACUAUAAAGCUGUUACCUCUUUACAAAAUUUAAGUCUGAAGAUAGGAAGAGAAUGGGGGUUCUCUUUUUUAUGCUUUACUGUGAUCACGGGGGCGGGGGGGGGGGGGGGAAGAAACCCAAGUGCUCUCUUGAGUUGUUGGUAAACAUUUUGUGCUUGCAUUUAAACUUGAAAUGUAUGAACAGAAUAAGACAAUCAGUUAAAAUCAGAAAUGAGAAGCGUUAAAAAUUUAAUGGCCUUGUUUUGCUGUAGCAAUAAAAUGACCAAGUGCAAUGAUUUGAUUUAAUAAAAUCAUCUUUUAAAAGUUGCUGCUAUGAAUAUUUUUAGCCAUAAAACUUUACCCUUGUUUUAGCCUGACUUGCCUUCAGUAACUAUUAUGUAAUGCAGUUGGUGUUGUGGUAUUCUAACAUUCCAAAAAAAUAAAAAUAAUAUAUAUGUGGGGAAACUCAAAAUAGUAUACUUCACUGACUUGUUUACAGGUGCUGUAAAAAAGCAUGCUUCUCCCUCAAAAAGAAAAACAAUAAAGAAUAGUAUUG